CAUCUACUCUAGCAGUAGCAAAAGUAUCAAUAUUAUUUAUAAGAGAAAGGGAAAAAAGUAAAAUAAAGGAUGUAUUAAUAAGACUAAUUGAUAAAGAAUCAUGGGCAUUAUUAUUAACUUAUAUAACUAAAAAAAAGAAGAACUGA